CCUCAUCAGCCUUUGUUUCCUUCAUCUUUUUAUUAAACCUCCAACACCUGGUUUUCUAUCAUUCUUAAAAUUCACAAUUUUUCAAUGACAUCUUUGUGGGUCUACUGGGAAUAUACUAUUUAUGCCUAAAAGAGUAAAAGACUAUUUGUUAAAGUGGGGUUUUAGAGUAAAAAGCUUGGUCUAAUCAUGGUUCAUGAUUUUAGGAUGUGAUUUUUAGACAAAAAGAGGGCUUUCUUGGAUUGUUUUACCUUGUGGGUUUCUUGGACUCUGCACUUUUAUUGUUGAUAAGCACAGGGAGCUAAAACACAAUUAGGUAUUUCUUUUGGGGCUUUCUGUUUGCAGUUAAAGCUGGCUCUUCCUUCUUCAAUGCUGUAGUUAAGCAGUUUCAUUCGAGUUUCAGUCAAAAGUACAUCAACUGGGUGGUUCUCAGUCUGAACUUAUGUUCAGGGAAGAUUUGGACUAUACAGGUAAGGUAACAGAAGUUAGAGCCUUCCUCUCCUCUCUUUCCUGGGUUUUCAGGACGGAUCCAGUAAUUGUUGAGUUUUCUGGGCUACUAAUUUCUUUGGGGAUUUGAGAAUUUUUGGUGGGUUUUUGAAGGAAGAACAGUCGUUAAUCUAUUGAUGUGAUUUGUGAGGGAAAGAUGAAGUCUUUGAGUAGUGUAGGACUUGGUUUGAGUGUAGUUUUUGGGUGCCUUUUGUUGGCUCUUGUUGCCGAACUUUACUACCUUCUAUGGUGGAAGAAGAGGAUCCCAAACAGAGAAAUUGAAGAUGAUCGCUAUAGCAGUCCAGCAAAGCAGCUCUUGUUUAUGUUCUGUUGGAGAAAACCAUCUUCAUUGAGCCACACAGCUUUGAACCCCCAAGAACUGUGUUCUUCUGUGAGUGUCACAGACACUCUUGUUCAUGACCCAGAAACUCAGCUUCGUAAUUUGCACUCAAACAAGGAUUUGCUACUUAAGUCUUAUGGUAAUAAUGAUGAUGAUAUGGAGACAGAACUGUUAAGGCUGAAUAGCUUGUCAGGGCCACCAAGAUUUCUCUUCACAAUUGUGGAAGAAACAAGAGAAGACUUGGAGUCUGAAGAUGCCAAGUCAAAUAGUGGAAAAGGGUCAAGAGGUAGAAGCCUCAGUGAUUUAAUUCUCACAGUGGAGACUCCAUAUCUAACUCCUCUUGCUUCUCCAUCAUUUUUUACACCUCCUCUUACCCCAUUAGACACCUCAUGUAAGGGAUUCAAUCCUCUCUUUGAAUCAUCAACUGAUGCAGAAUUCAGCAGAAUAAGGUCAUCACCACCUCCCAAGUUCAAGUUCUUACAGGAUGCAGAGGAGAAACUGUACAAGAAAAAGUUGAUAGAAGAAGCAGAGAAGAAGGUGAAUAGUCAUGGCUGGUUUCCUCAGCAAGAAGAAAACAUUGCAUCUGGUUCAAAAUUUAUCAAAGAUGAGGAAGACAGUUCUUUUAUCACGAUCAUUGUUGAUAAAAACAAAGAGAGAGAGCUUAAACACCAUCAUCAACUACCACAACAGUACUCAACUGGCCCUUCCCAGGCACUCUCUCUCAAUUCAUCAUCACCAACAACAUCCAUAUGACCAACAAAACUGAAGUGGGUUUUGCCUAAUUUUACUUUAAUUACUAGUUUUUUCCUUUACUUUCUUGAGGGUUGUAUUGUUUAGGAGGUUUUGCUAAUCAGAAAAGGGUUUGUGGAGGGAGACAAGAUCCUCUGCAAAAUGCUGUUGAAAGGUGGACUUGGUGCUUAGUGGGGGACUUGUGGGGUUUUGUUUUAUUCAAUCUCCAUGUCUCCUGAGCUGUCCAGUUCCUGUAAUCAUACUUGUGAGUGAUGGUACUACUGAUGCAGUGAUGUUCUUGUCCAGAGGAAGAGCACUGUAGAAAAGGAAAUUUUUUUAAGACCAACACCACUUUCUUUGAUAUUUGUUCCCUUCCCCUUUUGUCCAUGCUUGUAUGAUAAUCUAGCAUACUGUAUUAGUAUUUUGAUACCCACGCCAGUAUUUUAAUCGG